AUGGCUCCUCCCGAUGAGAACGGUACGGAUAAUUCGACGGAAAACCACCUCCGUUUCGAUGAGCCAAAAUUCGACAACGAAGGUGAAGGUGGUCGCAAACAAUCCGGCGCUGAACACAAGGGUUCCAUCUACGCCAAACCAGACCUGGAAAACGGCGAGGAAUAUGCUAAUCUAGUCGCUUACAUCUCUUCUUACUAUGAAGGUCCCCGAAGAAAGUCGGUCGUGUCGAUGGAAGGCGGCGAUGCGAAGAAGCCUUGGUGGAAGUUUUGGUCUCGCGGUCCCAAAGCCGAGAAAGGAGAUGGCUCCUUAGAGAUCCCUGACGAUUGGCUCGAGGCCGAUAUCAAGCAGGGUAUCUCGAACACUGAGGUUGAGAACCGUCGCAAGAAGACCGGAUUCAACGAGUUGACGACUGAGAAAGAAAACUUGUUCCUCAAGUUCCUGUCAUACUUCACGGGUCCCAUCCUUUAUGUCAUGGAAAUCGCUGUCCUCGUCGCUGCAGGUCUACGUGAAUGGAUCGAUUUCGGUGUCAUCAUUGCCAUUCUACUCCUCAACGCUACUGUCGGUUGGUAUCAAGAAAAGCAGGCUGCCGAUGUCGUUGCAUCUCUCAAGGGUGACAUUGCUAUGAGAGCCACAGUCGUUCGUGAUGGUAAAGAAGAGGACAUCAAGGCUCGUGAACUUGUUCCCGGAGAUAUCAUCAUCAUCGAAGAAGGCCAGGUCAUCCCAGCUGACGCCCGGUUGAUCUGCAACUACGACGCCCCAGAGGCCUUCGAGGAAUACAAAGAGCUGAUGCGUCAAGAACUCAAUGAACCUUCCGAGAAGAAGGAAGGGGCAGAGGAUGACGAAGAGGAGGAGAAACAUCAUGGUCAUUCCUUGAUUGCCGCCGAUCAGUCUGCUAUCACUGGGGAAUCCUUGGCCGUUGACAAAUUCAUGGGUGAUACCGCAUACUACACCACUGGUUGCAAGCGUGGAAAGGCCUUCGCUGUGGUGACUGCACCUGCCAGGACCUCUUUCGUCGGCCGAACUGCUUCACUGGUUCAGGGUGCCAAAGAUCAGGGCCAUUUCAAGGCUAUCAUGAACUCCAUUGGUACUGCGCUCCUCGUAAUCGUCGUGGCCUGGAUCUUGAUCGCCUGGAUUGGUGCUUUCUUCCAUCAUCUCAGGAUUGCUACACCUGAAAACAGUUCCAACAACCUGCUCCACUAUCUUUUGAUUCUACUGGUCGUUGGUGUCCCUGUCGGUCUACCUGUUGUGACAACUACAACUUUGGCUGUUGGUGCUGCGUACUUGGCUAAGGAUAAGGCAAUUGUUCAGAAGUUGACCGCUAUUGAAUCGUUGGCAGGUGUCGAUGUCCUCUGCUCUGACAAAACCGGGACCCUUACAGCCAACCAACUGUCCAUCCGUGAACCUUACGUCGCAGAAGAUGUCGAUGUCAAUUGGAUGAUGGCAGUCGCAGUCCUGGCCUCCUCUCACAACAUCAAGUCACUGGAUCCUAUCGACAAGGUUACUAUCCUUACGCUCAAGCGUUAUCCCAAAGCACGAGAAAUUUUGGAGCAAGGCUGGAAGACCCAGAAAUACACUCCCUUUGACCCUGUCUCAAAGCGUAUCACUUGCGAAUGUACAUGCGAUGGUCACAGUUACGUUGCAGCAAAGGGUGCACCAAAGGCUAUUCUCAACCUUUCAGAGUGCACUCAAGAGACGUCGGAUCUGUUCAAGAAUAAGGCUGCGGAAUUCGCUCGUAGAGGUUUCCGAUCUCUAGGUGUUGCUGUCAAGAAGGACAACGAGCCAUGGGAGCUACUCGGAAUGUUGUCCAUGUUCGAUCCUCCUCGUGAAGAUACCGCUCAGACCAUCGCUGAGGCUCAAUUCCUUGGUCUUCAGGUCAAAAUGCUUACAGGUGAUGCUAUUGCUAUCGCCAAGGAAACCUGCAAGAUGUUGGCUCUAGGUACCAAAGUCUACAACUCCGACAGACUGAUCCACGGUGGACUUAGCGGCACAACUCAACACGACCUCGUAGAGAGAGCCGAUGGUUUUGCCGAAGUCUUCCCCGAGCACAAGUACCAGGUCGUGGAAAUGAUCCAACAGCGAGGACAUCUUACUGCCAUGACAGGUGACGGUGUUAAUGACGCGCCUUCUCUCAAGAAGUCUGAUUGUGGUAUUGCUGUAGAGGGAGCUUCCGAAGCCGCCCAGGCCGCCGCCGAUAUCGUCUUCCUUGCACCCGGUCUUAGCACUAUCGUCAGCGCCAUCAAGAUUGCACGACAGAUCUUCCAGCGUAUGAAAGCUUAUAUCCAAUACCGUAUCGCCCUCUGCUUCCAUUUGGAGAUCUACUUGGUCACCUCAAUGGUCAUCAUUAACGAGACUAUUGGUGUCUCACUUAUUGUCUUUCUUGCUCUGUUCGCCGAUUUGGCAACCAUCGCUGUGGCCUACGACAAUGCUCAUUUCGAAGCUCGCCCUGUGGAAUGGCAGUUGCCAAAGAUCUGGGUUAUCAGUGUCACUAUGGGAGCUCUGCUUGCACUCGGUACUUGGGUUAUUCGUGGCUCUAUGUUCCUCCCCAACGGAGGUAUCAUCGAGAACUUCGCCAACGUUCAAGAGGUCCUCUUCCUAGAAGUCUCCUUGACCGAAAAUUGGCUCAUCUUCGUUACCCGUGGCGGUCAAACCUGGCCAUCUUGGCAACUUGUUGCCGCCAUCUUCGGUGUCGAUGUUCUGUCAACUUUGUUCUGUGUCUUUGGAUGGCUCUCCGGCGACGGCUAUGCCACAGAUCCUCGCGACCGCGCCAAUCUCAACCCGAAUGGUCGCACGAGCGUUGUGACUGCCGUUGUCAUCUGGGCUUACUCUAUCGGUGUUACCAUUGUCAUCGCCAUCAUCUACUAUCUGAUGAACCAGAUCGAAUGGCUCGAUAACCUCGGCCGCAAGAGCCGUAGCCGCAGCGAUACCCAGAUGGAGAACAUCAUCGGUCAUCUCAGCAAGGUCGCCAUCGAGCACGAGCGCGACGAUAAGGGUGGUAGCCGCUGGCAUCUGGGCACGAGAGCUACGGAGGCCGAGAUGGACGAAUAG